GAUGCAACCAAUAUUGUGGAUCUAUUCUUCAAGGACAUUGUUUGUUUACAUGGCAUUCCAAGGACUAGUUUCUGAUCGCGAUGUCAAGUUCUUGAGUUACUUUUGGAGGACAUUGUGGGGAAAGCUGGGAACUAAGCUAUUGCUUUUGACUACUUGUCAUCCGCAAAUUGAUGGACAAACAGAAGUGGUUAAUAGGAUGUUGUCAACCUUAUUGUGUUCUAUUAUUCAGAAGAACUUGAAGAACUGGGAAAAGUGUUUGCCGCACAUUGAAUUUGCUUAUAAUCGGAGCAUCCAUUCAGCAACUAACUGUUCACCAUUUGAAGUUGUGUAUGGUUUCAAUCCACUCACCCCUUUGGAUUUAUUGCCAUUACCCAUUGAUGAACAAGCUAGUUUGGAUGGGAAAAAGAAAGCUGAAGUGGUUAAGCAACUACAUGAGAGGGGGCGAUUCCCUGCACAAAGGCGUUCUAAGCUGCAACCAAGAGGCGAUGGACCAUUUCAAGUGAUUUUGAGGAUUAAUGACAACGCAUACAAGUUGGAGCUUCCUGGUGAGUAUAAUGUUAGUGCUACUUUUAAUGUUUCUGAUCUUUCUCCUUUUGAUGUAGGUGACGAUAUGAGGACAAGUCCUUUUGAGGAGAGAGGGAAUGAUGGGAAUCAAGAUGACCCCACACGUACCACGUCAAGAGAUCCAUUACACAUUCCAGGAGGUCUAGUCACAAGAGCUAGAGCUAGUUUUUUAGAUGAUGAGAACCCCAAAGAGAACAAUGAGACCCAUAGCACAACAAGGGAUUUCUAAACUCCAGGAAAGCUAAAUCAGAUUUAUAAUGGGACCUUGACUUGUUGUUUAUGUCGCAACAAGAACCAAAGGUAAAAACCUUGACCCGUUGUCUAUGAUGUAAUAAGAACCAGAGGUAUAAAGUUGGUUGACGCCA